AUGUGUGAUGAUGUGGAAGUUAAUGGUGAGGAUGGGAAUGGAAAAGACGCUGAUGAUGAUGGUAAUGGUAAUGGAAAUGAUGACGAUGGUAAUGGAGAAAUUGGUGAUGGUAUUGGUAAUGGAGAUGAGGAUGAUGAGGAUGAAUUUACCGACGCUGAUGAAGCCAUGGAGGAUGAUGUUACAGAAACCGUUGAUAACGCGUCCGACAAUGGUGAAAAGACAAAGAUCGCGACUGACAAUAGUGAACAGACAAAGAUCGCGACCGACAAUGGUGUAAAGACAAAGAUCGCGACCGAGAUGACGGAUAAAGACAGUGAGCAAAUUUCAGAUGGACAAAUUGUAACUGUUAGUAAUAUUAGUAAAUGUAAUUUAUUGUUAAGUACAAAUGAAAUUAUGAAUGAAAAUGUUUCAUGUGAAACAACUGUUAAUGAUGAAAAAAUUAGUAUCAUCCCCUCUCUGGAACAAAAAUGCAGCCAGGGAGGAGAUGAUGGUGUUUGUGGUGAAUUAGACGAAAUUAGUAUGGACACUGACCCAUUGACUGAAGAAAAAAAGUAUCGACAGAAUAAGAAUGUGAUAAGUGAAAUAAAAGAUUGUGAUGGGAAAAUUGUUACAGAAACAAAUGAUUUACUUGAUGUUAUACAUGAUUAUUAUAAACAUUUGUUUUCUUGUGUUAGUAUUGAUAUGCAUUCAGUUGAUGAAUUAUUGAAUAAUGUUAAUGUAAAAAUUGAUGAUGAAGAUGUAGAAAUGUGUGAUGAUGAAAUUAAUAUUGAGGAAAUUGAAAAAUCCUUAAAAGCUAAUGACAAUGAUUCAGAAGUUAUUAUACAAAGAAGACCAGAUGAAAAUCAUGCAGAUGAUGAGGAUACUGAAACCGUGGUAAAGUCUAUUGUAAGUGAAAAUGUACAUGACAAUGAAAGUAUAGCAAGUGAAAACUGUAUUGAAGAUGAAGCAAAACAGGGCAGUGAAGCUAAAAUACAAUUGGAUGGGUCAGACAAAAUUGGAAAAACAGACGUUUCAAAUCUAACAAUAGUAGAAGUAGAAGUGCACAAUGAGCAAAAUGGAGCUCCAGAUGGUUUAAAGAGGAAGCGACCGAUUUCAGAGGAUGGUAUUGAUGACAAUGAUGAUCAUAGAACAGAUAGCUCAAUUGAAACAGAUAUAAUUGAGAGUGAAAGUCUUGUUACCGGAACAGACAGAGAAUUGAGUGAAGGUAAAAAAAUCAAGAGAGAUGAUGAUACCACUCCUUCUUGCGAUACUGUUGUAGGAGGGAGUGAUGAAAUUAAUGAUGUUGAUAUGGAGAAUAGUCUCUCAUUGAAUGAAAUAAUUAGCACCCUGGUUGGUGAUGAAGUAAUCACCACUGAAGGUGCAAAAGAAAAUGAAGAAUUGUCUGUCUGUUCUGGUGAUGGGUAUGAAAGUUCAGUAGAAAUACUGGAUAUAAAUAGUGAUGGUGAUGUUAAAAAUGUGGGUAAAUUUAUUAGUGCUAAGCAAGCUCGAAAACUUAAAAAAAAAGAGAAAAAGCUUGAAAGGAGAUCAAGAAUUAAACCUACUCCUAAUCUAGAUGGUAAAGGUGUUAGAUCUGUAGGUCAAAAUUGUGAAAGUACUAAGAUGUAA